GAAAAUUAGAGAGCCAGCUAAAAAGCUCUCAGUGGCAUUUAUGUAAUUAGAGCCAAAAACCGAGCCCGUUGGUAUACCCUCACCAAACUAGGAUCGUCCACGGUCCAGAUCAUUUCUACGGUGUUCAACAACGAGUCACCGCCGGUGACGCCCGUUAGAAUUAGAAACUAAGAAACAAGAGUUUCCGUUCUUCUCCACAGAUUUUGAAUUUCAAAAUUUCCGUUUCUCGAGGACUUCACUCUACGUUUUAUCGGUUCCGUCUUUUGAGAGUUCUUGGCCAUGAAUUGAGACGGAAUGAUGUUAUUGUUUAAGAAACCAAUCGAAGAACGCACCGGAGGAUCCGUGCCGGUGUAUCUGAAUGUGUACGAUCUAACCGCGAUCAAUGGCUACGCUUACUGGUUUGGCCUCGGCGUUUUCCAUUCCGGAGUUCAAGUUCAUGGUGUGGAAUACGCAUUUGGAGCUCACGAGCGCUCAACAACGGGAAUUUUUGAAGGACUGCCGAAGCAAUGCGACGGAUUUCGAUUUAGGAAGACAGUUUUGGUAGGCAAAACAGAUAUGAAACCAACAGAGGUGAGAGCUUUAAUGGAUGAACUUGCCCAAUCCUACAAGGGAAAUGCUUACAAUUUGAUCACCAAAAACUGCAACCAUUUUUGCAAUGAUGCUUGUGUUAAACUCACAGGGAAUUCCAUCCCAAACUGGGUUAAUCGCCUUGCUAGAAUUGGGUUUCUUUGCAAUUGUGUUCUACCAGUGACCUUCAAUUCCACCAGAAUCCGUCACCACAACAGAAUAGAAGACAAGGUUGUAACCAUGGAAACAAAGAAGGAAUUGACAAAUGAAUCAACAAAAACUCCCAGUUCUGAUUCUACUUCAUCUCCUUCCUCGAUGGUUCGCCGAGGAAGAACUCAGACGAGACGAGCUCCUCCUCCGUGUUCUCCAUUGUCUUCUCAUUCUUCGUCCUCAUCUUUAUGAGGAACAGACAUGAUUGGAACCUCAGCUCCAUUGGAAGUGCUGGAAGAAGGUGAGACAGUCACAAUUCUUAGCUUUUCCUCUAUAAUAUUCUUCUUUAUGAUCUUGGAAGAUCAAAUUCAAAUCAGAAGCCAUUGAUUUGUAUGCUUUCAAUUCCCUUCGUUUGCCUCUGAAUUGUUUUCUUGUAUUAUUUCUACUUCUUGUAAAAGUUAAUAUCAUUGUGAAGUUAAAAUCACAAUUCAUAUUCUCAUAAUUUAAACAAAGUGUGGACUUUUUGUUACUU